AUGAGGGCAGGGCCGGGCGAGAGGAUUUCCAGCCCCGGGAAAGUCUACCGACAUAAAAGGCUGAGGGCGCAGUUCCCGCUUUUACAUGAGAAAGGUAGAUGGCCCACAAGAGAAGCAAGAAACUCUGCGUCCCCGGCAGCCACUCACCGUCUCAUCUUCUCUCUGCGCCGCCGCUCUCCGCCGGCUCCAGCGGCCCUCGCCUGGCCCUCGCCCCGCCUCCCUCCCACCCUCCCUCCAGCCCCGGACCCCCGGCCCCGCCGCAGCUCCAGCCGCAGCCGCCCGGCCACUCAGCACGCGCUGUGCGCAGCCAGCGCGCCCCUCCUGGCCCCGGCGGCCACUGCCUCCUCUCCGCCCACAACCCUCGGCCGCGCAAACGGGCGGCGACCAACUCGGCGGCGGGGGAGGCAGCGCCCGGGGGAUGCGGCCCGGACGCGCGGAGCCUGCGCGGCCCCUUCUACCCCGCCGGCCGCCGCCUCUUCCUCACCUGGCGCGUCGGCGCGGCCGGGUCCCCAGAGCGAGGGAGGGAAGGCGCGCUGCGGGCACCCAGCCGCCGGGUGCGGUCCCCCUCGGGCCGCGGUGGUGGGCUCCGCGCGGCUCGGUCCUGCCCCGGCCCCCUUCGUAACCACCGCGGCGGGCACCGAGGGACUCGGAGCAGUGAAGUCGGUGAAGGUGCGGCAGUUUGCAGUUGGGGCUUUUACUGCUGCAGCAGGGGUUUGGCUGGUCUCCCCAUCACGGGGCGCCAGCUUCUCGGAGCCGCGUUUACAGCCGUGGUAG